AUGGCUGAGACUUGCGAGAAUCGGUACAGUAUCAAUGGCCAACGACCAAGAGUUUUCAUUGAGUAUGACAUCCCUCGAGGAGUUUUUGUGGCGACCGCGAACAUUGGCCUGUUUGUCGAUCGCGCGCCGUCAAUGCAGAUCAUGCACGUCCCCACCUUGGGCACUCAAAGUGAGCCGUCUGGCGCUGCGGUCUUGAAUCUGUUCGAGUAUGGUGACCCCGUUCGAAACGACGAGAGCGAUAAGUUCGCGUGA